AUGAAAAUAUCUCCAUGGAAGAAGGUGUUGAGAUUUGGAUACAAUGGUAAGUUGAGUCCGAGGUUCAUUGAGCCUUAUCGUAUUCUGAAGAGAGUUAGACCUUUUGAUUAUCAGCUUGAGAUGCCUCCUCAACUUAGUCACAUUCAUGAUGUUCUUCAUGUAUCUAUGCUAAGGCGAUACCGUUCGGAUCCGAGUCAUGUUGCUCUGAUUGAUGAUGUAGAGUUAAGACCUGAUUUGUCCUAUGAGGAAGAGUCUGUUCAGAUUUUGGAUAAGGAUGAGAGAGUUCUUCGAAAUAGGCAGAUCCCUAUGGUCAAAGUUCAAUGGAGUAAUUAUGGUCCUAUAGAGGCUACCUAG